CCUCCUCCUUCUAAUAGCUAUUGUUGAUGAAACCUGUUUCGUUUCGUUCCAGUUUACCUAUUCUCUCUGAAACACUUUCUGCUUUUACUCGUCCUUACCUCAUUCUCAAACCGUCUGCUACUCUUCCUCUCACUCAAACUACAUGUAACACCUCUCUCUCUCUCUCUCUCUCUCUCUCUCUCUCAUUCUAUCUCUUUCUCUCUACUGUCAACCUCACUAUAGCUCGCGUUAUUUCUCUGUUAUUGUCACCUUACUCAGUAACCGACUUCAUAUAAAAUCUGUAUCAGACUUUCCUUAACCGAAACUCUUUACAUUACUCUGCUGUCCUGAUUGGCUUUUAUGUUAUUUAUUUAUACAUAAUACAAGUUAAAUAACUGUGUCAUCGAGCUGGUGUCGACUAUAACGUAACACCCACCCUCAAAAAAUUUCUUGUCUAUAUUAUUAAUCAUCAUUAAUUACCUGGCUGUUAAUUAAUACGAUGAUGAUUAGAAUGAUGAUUCUGGGAGCCGAACUUGAACCUGAAACCUCUGUUACUGUAUAUCAACUAUGUUUUGCUUGAAGAAUUAGAAACACUGGGUUUCCAGUGUAUUCUAUCAUAAUGAACUGGUUUAAACGUACCAGUAACAAUAAGCAGGAAGCCCGGCCAUUUCUUCCUGGAAACAAAGACGAGUAUGGCUUUCCUGAAAUGCAUCCUCGACGAGAGACUGACCCUGCAACAUGCCUUGAAGUUUUCCAAAACCACUGGAAGCAAGCAUGGAUGGUGAUAGAAGAUGAAGAUGGCUUAUUAAAGGAACAGUACAGCAUGGAUGAGGUUCAGACCGUGAUGCAUAACUUCGAACAAAUGAUGACACUUCUUGCAGGUGAAGAAAGCUACGAUGAUGACCACCACCAAGGACGACCAGGACCUAUUCUUGUACUAAUCAUAAAAGAUAAUACUUUUGAAAAGUUUAGUCAAUGGUGUGAACAGAUUCAUGAACUUGAAGAAAGAUUGAUAUGUGAGCAACUGAAAAUCUUCUAUCAUCUAAUAGCUCACUCUGAGCAGCUACUUCUCAUACACAAAGCAAUCGUACAGCCUUUGAUGAAGCUGCUUUCGUCAUGUACUCAAUACCUAAAAUCAAAAGAAGUAGAGGAGCUCUUAGCUCAGGUAUUGCAUCAAAUCUGCCUUUGCAUUUCACAGCAGACAUCUACACUGGAAACAUUUUUCUCAAUGGAUGAAGGAAAAGUGCCAGCUGAAUGUCUGAUAUUCUCUUUAAUCCUAUACAUCCAUCGAGAUGGAAGGGUUGGUCAGCAGGCACGUGAAGCUCUCCUUUUAAUUAUGGCAUUGUCCAACAAAUACCCAGACAUUGGCAGAUACAUAAGCGACUACUGUCCAGUUCUGGCAACAGGGCUAAGUGGACUGUUUUCUUCUUUGCCACGCAAAAUAACAAUAACCAAUGAAGACUGGUAUUGCUUGACCAUAGAAGACUGCAAAGAUAUUCCUGAUUUGAUGCUUUUUCUAAACUCCUUAGAAUUUUGCAAUGCUGUUUUACAGAUUGCCCACCCACUGGUACGUGAUCAGCUUGUCAAAUAUAUUUAUAAUGGCUUUCUUGUUCCUGUUCUUGGAGCAGCUUUGCACCAGAAUUCUCGAGAGGAGGUCAUCACAGCAACAGCUUACCUCGACCUCUUCAUACGACGGAUUACUGAACCAACUUUGAUCAAGGCUUUCUUGAGGUUUAUCCUUUGUGAGAAGUAUGAUGAAAUCAUCAUACUUGAAUCACUAAUCACCAGGAUAAACAGCAACAGCAAAUUGUCCCUAGUCUCCCUGUCACUUUUCAAGACCCUUGUUGACCUCAACUGUGAAGAUGUCAUGUUCCAACUGGUUUUCAAAUAUCUGAUACCCUGUACACAUGUGAUGGUUAGUCAAAAGCGUGCUGUCAAAGACAUUGACUUUCAUAGUAAAAGUGCUGAGAAGUUUUUGUCUCUGAGACCCAAAUGCUGUCUAAAAUGGGAUCAGGACAAAGAGAAUAGUGAGAAUAUCAAUUUCUCUCGGAGUUACAGUAUGAAUGACACUUACUCGACAAACUCAGCAAAUAGUAAUAAUUCAGCAAACAACUGGAAUGAACUAGAAACAGACUAUAUAGAAUAUUUGUAUGAUGCUUACAUUAAUUUGAAGACGUGUUGUGAUGGAUGUCAGUGUUGGUCUGUACCCUAUGAUGGGGAUAGACCAUCGCCCCUGAGUAUGAUGUCACUAAAUAUUCUUACCCCAAAAAAGUCUUUUAUGGAUUCUGUGAAUGGUUCUGUUGCUAGAAACCAUAAACAAGAAGAGAAUAGGAAAAAUAUGAAAACUGAGACAGAACGAGGUGAGUGUGGGAAAGACAACAGUCUGAAACUACUGUCUCAUGGGAAUACACAGUCUUCUGUACGAGUAACUCCAGACAAAGACUUGUUGUUGCAGACACAGCAGACUUUGGCUAGCUGCAACUCUGACUCUGUUGGAAAUUUGGAAACUAAAACUGCCCAAAGCUCUCAGCCUGAGAAGUUGUCUUCAAUUGAUAAUGGUUAUUCUUCACAGACUCCUGAAACUUCUUUGACACAAAACCAACUGUCUGUUGGUAAAACCUGUAAAGAUGAGAACAAUAAAAAUAUGAAUGCUGAACCAGAACAAGGUGAGUGUGGGAAGCUACUGUCACAAGAAAACAUGCAGUCUUCUGCACAGCGAACCACUCCAGAUAAAGAUUUAUUGCACACACAGCAAACUUUGGCUGACAGUGUAGGAAAUUUGGAAACCAAAACUGCCUCAAGCUUACCUGUUUCCCAAAGCUCUCAGCCUGCACAGUAUGAUGAGAGCUCUAUUGCACAGACUCCUCAGACUUUCUUGACACAAAACCAACUGUCAAACUUGCAUGCAAACUGUGAUGAUAUGGAGUCCUUCCUCAAAUUUCUUGAUAGAAUAGAAACUGGCUUUGUUGAAAGUGAUAGAAAUGAAGAUGUUUUUAUGUUUAUAGACAAUUUAUUUUCAGGUCCAACUGGUCUACCUUUCCAAUUUGGCCCUUAUUCUAACCCUAACCAAGCAAAGUCAACUCCAGUUAAAGUAGAACCAAUCAAAAAUACCUGUCCUGAGCCAUUGACAGAAAAUAGCAUUGACACAAUUUCAUCUGCUUCAGGUGCAGAUGAAAAUAUGUCAGUAUCAAAACAGAUUGAUAAAAAAGCUAAUGUAGAUAAUGAGAAAACUUCAAAAGAAUGCCAGCAGAAUCAUGCAACAUCUGAUCUAUCAUCAACACCACCCCUUACACAAGACACAGUUUUUGAUCAACAGUUGUCACAAAUGAAUGGCCUACAAGAUGAAGUGAUGACAGGUUCUAAGCCCUCAUCAAUUGAUACACAACAAGUUGGGCAAUCUCCUAGUGAGCAAAGCCCUUUACAAAGCUUCUGCAAUGCAAAGAAUUCAAAACAAAUGUUUAUGAUAGGCAAGAAAAAACUUCCUUCAGAUCCAAAUGCUGCUAAUUCUCUCACAGGAUCAAGUGCCCUAAAGCAUAUAACUGGAACCCCAAAUAUUGGCCCUUUCUUAUCAGCCUUAUUGUCAAAGUUAGAGAGCAUGGUUCAGAAUUCACUCCAUGUCAACUUUUUGUUGACUGGACUCAUCUCACGUCUUGCUACAUACCCACAACCUUUACUUCGAUCAUUUCUCCUGAACCACAAUUUGGUCUUCCAGCCUUCCAUCAAAUCGCUCAUUCAGGUGCUGUCAUCAGUUCGUCACAAAGUCGACAACUAUUCACAUGCCAUCCCUGAUUUCUCACAGUUAGUCGUGAAGGCACGGCAAACAUUGAACUUGAGAAUUUGUACGUAUCAAAACGAGCUUGAAAGGAAGUCUUUGGUGAACAGGAAAUCUCCAUCCCCAGGUCUACAGCUAAAAAGCAAAUCUGUUGAGUAUGCUUCAAACUCACACAAAAGUGUUGGGAGAAAGCAUUCAUUCUUUUUACCAGCAUCUGUAAAAUCUGGACAGCUGUUCGCUAAAGUGGCCCUACAAGAUCGGUCCACUCGACCAUCGACGCUCGAAAGUAUGCCAGGAGGCCGUGGCUAUCGCUACAUCAACCAACAGUCCCCGAACGAGCACUUUGAAGUUAAUCCAAUGGAGAACCUAAGAACAAGGAAUGCAGUUCAUUGUGCCAUCGUCCUUGAAGAAUUCCUCAAAGAACUAGCAGCUUUGUCCCAGGAGCAUUCUGUCCUAUUAUGGGGAACCUGUAUGUGAUCUUUGAUCUUGUACCAGUACAAUGUUACACAUGUAUGUGUGUGUGUGUGUGUGUAUACACACAUGCAUGCUCACACAUUCACAAACACUCAGACAUAUGCUCACUCAUACAUAUGCAUGUGUGUGUGUGUGUGUGUGUGUAUGUA